GGUCUCUGGUUUGAGACUGCGCAGUUGCAGAGGUGACGCCGUAGCUCAUAGGUUGAAGGAAAUUUCGCUCCGUCUCGAACGAAUCCUUGCGUGUGUGUGUUGUGUUUUCCCCACUGGGGUCGCCUGUCAAAUUAAUCACCCAGCUCAACUCAGCGAAUCUCCUCUGUGAUCCCUUUACUUUACUUUCGUGACCAGUCUUGUCUAGUUGUACGGGGAUUGCAGUCUUGUUCUUUAUUGUUGAUGUCGUACAUUUCCGACUAGGGUUCGUCGUGGUAAUUUGACAGACAGCUGUGAGACAUAGAUUCACAUGUGGGUCUGUGUUAUUCAUAUAAUCAGAACGUUCACUAGUCCAUGACCGUCAGCAGGAGAAGGAAAAAAGAGGCAAUUUUUAGGGCAAUAGGAACAUCUUCAAAGUAUAUAUUGUUGCUGGGUGUCUUGGUGAGAAGUGUACGAGUUGCAGUCCCAGGAUACUCACACCAUCCAUUCUGGAAGAGAUCAUCCCCUUUCUGCCUUCGUACAACAACUGUGGGAGUAUAGUUGAUUGCAUUUCGCAAACGAAGAUUCUUUUGGAGAAAUAGAAAACAAUGGGCUUGUCGGACAUAAUGGCCCAACCGGAGCCAAUGCCAUCCGGCGAGGUCGUCGGUGUCGUGACUGGCCAUCAUGUGCCAAGUCACAGCCGUGAAAGUUCCACGAGUUCUACGGCCAGCGCCGCCAGCAUUUGCAGUAAUGGCGGCCUCAUCCAGACGGCCGAAGAAGAACACACAUCGCCCAUCUACACGCCACUUUCCAAAUGCUCGUCGCCCACGGCUAAUAAUAUCAUAGCCAACCAUUCGGUCGAGUUGGCACGAGAUGCGGAGCUGGAACAGCGACUGGAAAAAACACGUUUAGAACUGGAACAGAGUCGGGCGGAAUGCGGCCGUUUGGCUCAGAUCCGAGAUGACGUCGAAGCCGAAGUCAGAGAGCUGACGGCCAGUCUCUUUCAGGAGGCGCACGUGAUGGUGAACGCGGCCAACGUCAAAGCUGCGGCCUCUGAAAAAGCCCUGAAGGAAGCCCGGAUGCAGGUGGAAGUGCUGAGCGCCGAAGUGGAGGCCCUCAAAACUCUGGUGCUGACAUCCACGCCCAGUCAGCCCAACGCCCAUCUUCACCCGCAACUCUCCAGCUCACUCUCUUCCGGCAACAUCUACACCAACAACACGCCGCCGUCGCUGGGCAAUGGAUUCGCCGGAAACAAGAGCAGCGGCGGAGGAUUGAAAAUGUUUACCCGACAUCGAAGAGGAACGUCCGACUGCGACAUGAAAUACCAUCACAUCCAGGGCGGUGCGGAUUUGAACAGUCCCUUGUCGUCGAGUCCGGAGAAUCCCGUCCGUCCGGCAGGGGCAGCAGCCGACGCUUGUUGUCUCAACGGUGGCAGCCAUCUAGCGGGCACUCCCGACAACGACGGUUGCGAAGUCGAUCCCGUCCUCUACGACGAGCUGGAAAAUUGGCGCAAGAAUCCCAGUCUCGAACAGGAAUCCAGUCCGCUGAUGCAGAGACUUUUCGAAGAGGAUGCCGACCGUUGCCUGGAUUUCCCUCAAAAGGAUUUGGCCGCUAGGGUCCGGCUGGCCGUUCAGGAUAAUGUCAUCUUUAUCGAGGAGUUUGCCACUCAAUCCACGAGGUGCGCACUAUUGGAUACUCAACGGCCGUGUCGUUACCGGAUCAAGUUGGGCGACGACGACCAAUGGCACACGAUAUCGUCCUUGUGUCGCAACAGAAUCACGGCCGUUUGUGACAUGCUCACUUACUUACGGUACAUCCAGCUGGGCCUAGUCAAGUCGUCUGUUGACGAUAUCUAUUGGGAAAUGAUUCGACUCCGCAAGCGGAUGACUUUGGCUCGGCUCGGCCUUUCCUAAAAAAAAAAAAUCAAUUUAAAAAACAAAAGUUCUUCCUAUUUUUUAAAUAAUUAGAAAAAUGAUGGAUUUCUAAUUCACACCACUAAAACUUUUUCUUUAUCAAACAAACUCACCGGCUCUCAUUUCUUCCAAAUGUAGGGGGGCACAUUUUAGUUAAAAUGGCCCCGUUUUCUCUCCAAUACUCGUGUGAUGAUGCGAUUUAUCUAAUUCUUUUUUCAAAAAAUUCUAUUCGUUAAUGUCUACGCAAACACACUCCAUCUUGAAAGAGAAACUUAAUCGACUGGAAUCAAGUUUCAUAUCUCUGUGGGUGUGUGUCGUGAUGUAUAGGAAAUUAUUAUGUAAUAUUCCAAAUUGUUUUCUAAUUUUUCACGAGAAUUCAACAACAAAAAAUACGAUCUGGGCGACUCGUAAGAGCGUUUGUACAGCAGAUUUAUGUUCUACAUUUUCUUUAAAACAAAAUAGUCUUUUUUUUCUGUAUUUUCUUUUUUUGCUUUGUUCGCCGUCGUCGAUUAUGAAUAAAUUUAAAGUUUAUCACCGUC